AUGUCUCGCACAGGUCCCCUGGCCACCGGACGGGGUCACGCCCUGCUCCGCGGCCCGCUCUCCAGCAAAGGUCCCCUGCUCCGCGGCAGAGGUCCCCUGGCCACCGGACGGGGUCACGCCCUGCUCCGCGGCCCGCUCUCCAGCAGAGGUCCCCUGCUCCGCGGCAGAGGUCCCCUGGCCACCGGACGGGGUCACGCCCUGCUCCGCGGCCCGCUCUCCAGCAAAGGUCCCGUGCUCCGCGGCAGAGGUCCCCUGGCCACCGGACGGGGUCACGCCCUGCUCUGCGGCCCGCUCUCCAGCAGAGGUCCCCUGCUCGGCGGCAGAGGUCCCCUGGCCACCGGACGGGGUCACGCCCUGCUCCGCGGCCCGCUCCCCAGCAAAGGUCCCGUGCUCCGCGGCAGAGGUCCCCUGGCCACCGGACGGGGUCACGCCCUGCUCCGCGGCCCGCUCUCCAGCAGAGGUCCCCUGGCCACCGGACGGGGUCACGCCCUGCUCCGCGGCCCGCUCUCCAGCAGAGGUCCCCUGCUCCGCGGCAGAGGUCCCCUGGCCACCGGACGGGGUCACGCCCUGCUCCACGGCCCGCUCUCCAGCAGAGGUCCCGUGCUCCGCGGCAGAGGUCCCCUGGCCACUGGACGGGGUCACGCCCUGCUCCGCGGCCCGCUCUCCAGCAGAGGUCCCCUGCUCCGCGGCAGAGGUCCCCUGGCCACCGGACGGGGUCACGCCCUGCUCCACGGCCCGCUCUCCAGCAGAGGUCCCCUGCUCGGCGGCAGAGGUCCCCUGGCCACCGGACGGGGUCACGCCCUGCUCCGCGGCCGGGUCGCAGCUGCCCGCCGGGGAGAGCACCUGUACAAAAAAAGUAUUUUUUAA